AUGGCCAAGCACCAUCCCGAUCUCAUCUUUUGUCGGAAGCAACCGGGAGUGGCUAUAGGGCGACUGUGCGAGAAAUGUGAUGGGCGGUGCAUCAUCUGCGACUCCUUUGUACGCCCCGCCACCUUGGUCCGUAUUUGUGAUGAGUGCAAUUACGGAAGCUUCCAGAACCGAUGCAUCAUUUGCGGUGGCCCUGGAAUCAAUGACGCCUACUACUGCAAGGAAUGCACGAUCCAGGAGAAGGACAGGGACGGAUGCCCGAAGAUUGUGAACGUCGGAAGCGCCAAAACGGACAUGUUCUACGAGCGGAAGAAGUACAAUAAA